AUGAAUAUUCACUCUAGACCCGGUACUAAAAUUCCCUCGCCUGAAACUCCGAAAAAGGUCUCUGUUCCCCUUCAGCGUUGUCUACAGUGGGGACUGCUUGAGGAAACUCGAUGGAUAGCUCAUGGCGACGAAGAGAACUCACGGUUCUCAUUCUCUAUGCCGCUUUCUUCUACGCUAUUGUCAUUCGUCGCUCCCUCCAACUUUCCCAUGCAACAUGUGAACAGUGUUACUACUGUUGGUGGGCGUUCUGAAUACAUGGUGGUUUUUGUAGUUAGACAAGUUAGAGUCAGAAAUGGAGUCAGAAAGGAUAAUGUGUGUUGUUGCUUCUUCUACUACGCUGCUCUGAUCCUUGUGAAUUAG